GAACUCGUCAUCAGCUUCGACUCCGUGCAUUGCGUUUGUCAAGCCGCCGUUCCCCGCCGUCGCCCGGCGCUCGCUCGCUCGCUGGUCCUGUCGCUUCCUCCGUCUCUGUUUCGGCGCUCGCUCUUUGCUCCGUUGCUCGCUCCAUCUCUGCUCCGGCGCCGCUUUCCUUCGCGCAUUAAUCUGCUUGGGCGGCCGAGAUUUGGGGAUCCCAUUUCUGCAACCACCUGCAGAGCAGCGUCGACGCCCUCCAGACUCUAGGAUCUUCAAGAUGAUAUGCUCGUUCCAAUUAUCCCAGACUCUAAGAUCUUCAUGCUAAAGCCGUAUAUCUGUGGUUACUCAUGUUCGCCGUGAUGUUCUCCUGUAUGUUUCCCUACCUAUGACAGUUAGAUGAAUAUACGCCAUGAUCAACAUGAGAACGCAAAAGUAAUGGAUGAUGGGAAUGCUUCUGUGCACUGAAGGAGCUUCUUGCCUUGAUCAAUCGCAAGAUGUUCUGCUUGUUUUGUGGUCCUGUUUGAGUAUUGCAUACUCAGGAGCUCCAAUUGCAUGUCCCCAUCCUCUGUUGCAAACAUGGCCGAUGGAUUGCAGCAUCCGUCGGUGAUUCAGAAAAUUCACGGGCAGUCUCACUUUAUAUCUCUUCUUUCGCGUGCCAUCUGCGUGAGAAAUUACGGACCGCACGAUUUUGCAAGCAUUGUAGGCUUGUAGCCAUGGAGCGUUGCGGAGUUCUCUAUCUCCAGCAUUCCGGGGGCAGUGGUCUGGCUCUUCUGUCCUCUCUCCCAUUUGGGUUCAAGCUCCGGCUUCCUUAUGGAAGCGGUUUCUGCAGCUGUUUCCAAGUUGAGGAAGCAUGUGGACUUGGCGGAGACAGUAAUUCCGCAACAUGAGCUCAGGAGGCUUAGGAAAAUUGCUCUCAGGAUGGUGGAGAGGAUGGAAGUUGGGGAUGCAGGAAUUACCCAGGCUUUGGUGGAUUCUAUACAUGAGAAGUGGAGAGAGGAUGAAGUGGUGAAGUUGAAAUUUGAAGGUCCCCAGUCACUUAACAUGAAAAGAACCCAUGAAACUUUGGAGAGUAGGACUGGAGGCUUUGUUAUAUGGAGAUCUGGAAGUUCAGUGGUGUUGUACCGAGGAUGGCGUAUACGCUUUCUUGUGUCCAAUCAUACAAUGAAAAAUACAGACCAGUGUGAAUUCUCUGAAAAAUGA